AUGGCCAGCGAAACCCCUCCCAACGUGUCGGACAACUUGGACCCUACUCCGACGGCCGGCUACAAGCCUGGCGAGAAAAAGUCGAUCCAAGAGUAUGCUAUGCUCGACGCGCAAGACGAAAGCCUGCGCCACUGGAAAGAGAGUCUCGGUAUUACCAGCGAAGCAGCUGGUGCGCUUAAUCCUAAUGCGCCCAAGCUCACAAUUCACUUGCUCAUGCUCGAGAGCCCACAGCUACCCGGCGGAAGCGUCGGCAUCGAGCUCGACAAGCCCGGGCAACUCGAGGAGUUGGCCAAAUCGCCGCUUCAGAUCACAGAGGGCAUUGAGUACUCUGUGGUAAUCAAGUUCUCCGUCGGUCGUGAGGUACUUUCGGGCCUCAAGUACCUACAGGUCGUCAAGCGCGCGGGUGUGCCGGUGGACCGCAUGGAGGAAAUGAUCGGCUCCUAUCCCCCGCGUGCCGAGCCCUAUGAGAAGCGGUUUGCCCCUAGUAUCGCGCCUAGUGGCUUCCUGGCCCGCAGCGGCACCAACUCGGUGCGCACCCGUAUUGUGGACGACGAUGGCUCAGUCUUUGCCGACUUUAACUGGGCAUUCAAGCUAGUUAAGGCAUAUAUGUUUGCCACGGUUGCUCGGCAGUCGAGUGCGUCUAUGGCGUUCAGCGCGCUGCACAAGCAGUAUGUCACGAACCUGUACCGCCGCUUUUUGCGAAACUCUCUCAACUGGCGUAUUCGCCGGGACACAUGGCGCGCGGAUGCUGCCCAUAUUCGUGCUCAGUUCGAAUUCAACCGUAACGUGAGGAACCCUCGCGAAUUGGCCACGAUCUUUAACAAGGCGGAGGAGCAGCUGGCGAGCCGCAUACACCCUGACCCAUACAGGCAACUAACAGACAGGGAGCGGAACUUGCCUCCCCGCAUGUUCACGGACGAGGAGAAGGCCGAGUCUCUGAAAGACCAGAACGUGUAA